CGCUCGCCUUUAGCCCGAAAGUGGUGCUGCUGCUGCUGAGCCUCGGCGGUGUGUGCGCGCGGAUGGUGGACUGUUCCCGGUGAAGAAGAAGAAGAAAAAGAAGAAGAAAAAAAAAAACACCGACAACCCUCCACCUCCUCCACCCCCCCUCCACCCCCCCUCAGCCACGCUUUAAAAUGCCUCAUCGCCGUGUGUAAACGGGCGAAACUUGGCGGCGGGGAGAGAGUCAGGACUCCGGGCGGGUUUGAAGGAAAAUACAGGCAGGAUGUUGCAAGUUUUAGCUUGUGGCGCCGUAGUUUUCCCCGGUCUCUUCUUCGCCUUCAGGAAAAUCCUGCCGUGUGUGUUCAAACACUGGAGCGAUGCCGACGUGGUGCUGGUCAGCGAGAGACUGGUGUCCUCCAUCCAUGCCGUCAUGGCAACCACGGUGGGAGUCAUCGUUGUGUCAUCAUGCCGGGAGAGCGUCAUUAACGCCAGGCACUGGCUGGCCACCUACUUCAUCGUCUGGUACGGCGUGCCCUACAUGACGUACGACAUCUUCGCCAUGUACCUCAGCCACUACCACCGCUUCCACGUCAAAGGGCACGAGAGCUACAAGCGGCAUUCGCUGAGGACCGUCAACUCCUUCGUCCGCCGCGAGUUCCUGCUGGUGUUGCAUCACAUCGCCCUGCUCACCAUCCUGCUGCCCGUCACGCUGUUCUUCAGAAGGGACCAGGGGGAUUUCUUCGUCGGCUGCUUGUUUCUAACGGAGCUCAGCACGCCCUUCGUCUCCCUGGGGAAGAUACUUAUUCAGCUCAGCCUCCAGGAAUGCUGGCUGCACAAGGCCAACGGCGGCAUGGUCCUCCUCACCUUCUUCCUGUUCCGCAUCGCCCUCUUCCCCUACAUGUACUGGGUGUACGGCCGCCACUACGGCAUCCCGCUCUACAGCGUGCCCUUCCACCUGCCGCUGUCCGCCAACCUGGGCAACACCUGCAUCCUGGGGCCGCAGGUCUACUGGUUCGUCCUCCUCUGCCGAAAGGGCUGGCGUCUCUACCGGCGCGGCCGGGCGCCGCCGGACUCUCCCCCCGCGCCCGCCGUCACGGACAAUGCGAAGGAGGAUUGAUAUCCGGGUUCACCUGUUUGGUUUUCUUCUUCUUCUUCUUUUGCCCGCUCACUCAGCUACUAACGCAACUACUUCUGCAGAAAGGCACUAGUUUUGACAUUUCGAAGCGGCGUCCCCCGGCCCCCCCCCCCCAAUCCCCUCCCCGUCAUUCUUCUGUAGUGUACCAGGACUGCCUGCUGUUCGCACACUUUAAAUCCUCUGUUACAAAAUCUGCUGCCUACGUGGACCUCACGCACCGAUACAGCCCUACUACUGACGUCUGAUGAUUUGCUUCUUCUUUUUGAGGGGGUGUCGGGGGGGGUCGGCUCUUGCCUGGAUCUUGUUGCUACACUGCAUCCGUUGACAUUUACCACACUGGAGAAGAGUUUUUUUUUUUUUUUUUUUUUUUUUGUGGCUUCACAUAGAGAGUUUUUAAAAAAGCGGCAGAAAGUGAAGAAGAGACGCGCCCCCCCGCCCUGCGCCCCCCCCACCACCACUCCUACCGUGUUUACAGCCUCCGCUGACUUGGUCUGUUACAGUGUUUGUGUGAGUGGCUGCUGCGAUAGGUUCUAUUUAUUGGUAUAAUAAUUUUGCUGUGAAAGGUUGGCUGGUUGCGGCUCACCGAUCAGGCCGACGGGGGGGGGGGCAGGGGCACGGGGGGCGGGGUUGCGGGCGGGACGCAAACAUACAUGUCUCCUCAUUCACCCGCUUUAAUGUGACGUCUCGCCUCUUAUCAUUUUAUUAGUAGUUCCCCACAGAGCAUCUUACAGUGGCAAAUCUGCAGCGACAGUCCCCGCCCCCCCCCCUACCCCCUCCCCCCUCUCUCUCCACUGCUUUUAAGUCAAUUGGCUCACUUAUUUUCCAGAGGGCCCCUCGCCGCCCCCCACAACCCCAUCCUAGCUCCCAAUGCAUGGUCACCCAACCCCCCCGCCCCCCCUCGGGUCAUGAUUUGGGGAAAACUUUCACUUACAUUUUAAGAAAAACUUUCAGGAAUUCCGUUCUGCAAUAAUCUCCGGUGUUGAAUGGCGCCUCCACCUCCGCCUCAGUGGAAACCAUUUUUCUUUUUUCAUGAUAUGCAUGGCAUUAAACAAGUCUGUGCUGGAUUCUAUUUUUUUUUUUUUUUUAGGUUGAUACUUCAAAGAUCUCAAGACCUCAAAUAACUAACCUUUAAAAAAAAGAAAAAAGAAUUGCCAGACUGCUCUCAAUGUCUAAAUAACAAUGUAAAGCGAUGAUGGGACAAGAUUAAAAAAGUAUUGUGUAUUUGGACUAACUCCCACUGGCAAGGAUUUUUAAUUUCUGCAAGGUUUCUAUCAUUUGCAUGCACGAAGAGUUGGGUCGUUAUUGGCUAGCGAGAGAUUCGUCUUUCGAAUCAGCAAUCUCCAUCUGACGCCGGAGCGUCGCCAUAGCAACGCUGCAAUGCUGGCAGAGCCGGCAGAGGCGCGGGGGGGGGGGGGGCGCAGUCUGAGGAUGACUCACGGUCAAAUGUUAAGGAUGCGGGGAGCGAUCGGCCACGAUAAACAACGACGCAUGAGUGAUAUCGGGAGCGACUAUUCCUGGGAGUAACUGUCGACCAUAGAUUUAUACACACUGUAUAUACCAAAUGUUUUUAGAGAUCUGCGUCAUGUUUUCGUUUCAUCACAGAAUCUAAAAUAGUUUUUAACCAUAAACCUCUAUCGCAAGCUCCUAAUUAGACCCGAGACCUUUUUAUUUUCUUUUUUUUUUUCAUGCAAUCUUUGGUGUUUCUGUAUUCAGUUGCAUGAAGACCUUAAUCUUCAAGGCAUAUUAGAGAAAAUCACAUGCUUCACUUUCAUAUCAAAUCAAAGAAUAAAUAGAAGGUAUUAUUUUCUUAAGAAUGCAGCAGGGUUGGUUUCAUGCACAACACUAAUGUUCAUUCAACUCUAAUAUUCUUGGUCAUUGAAGCUUUAUAGUAAACUAACUGAUUCAUGAGUGGGUUUAUGGCCUUUUUUUUAAAAAUGUCCUGCAAAUUCAAUCUAUGCAAGAAGAGGCCGCCGCGGUGCAUGUAUACAACACUAAUGUGUCAUUUGGGAUUUCUUUUUUUUUGGGACCAUACAUUUAUUUGUGCUGUACAUUUCUUCUGGGACUACACACUACAAAUCAUGGUCUCGUAUUGCAUUUCACUUUUUACGCUUGUCUCUUUAAAUCUUAAAUUUAACUUUAACUGAAGAAUGCUGAAGAAAAAAAAAAGUGUAUAAGAAACAAUUUUUGUAGCAUAAACCAACAAGACAAAUUGCUUGAGUUUACUUGGAUUGGAAAACGACUCGACGGAGCUCUCACCUUUUCCGGAAAAAAAGAUUGCAUGCAACUAAUAACCAUAUAGUUUGAAAGUCUGACGGCUUUACAAGUAUUGGUGUCCUGAUAACACGACUCUAUGGCGGCUAAUUACUUUAUUGAGGGACUAACGGCGUUACCUGUUAUCCGUAUCUCUGUUUGCUCUUUUAACUUUGGUUUCAAUUUGAAACCUUUUACUCACGGCACUCACUCGAAUGGUCUUCUGUCAUGACCACUUCAAAGCCAGCCUAUGUGAUGACCCCCCCCCCCCCCCUCCCUCCCCCAACCCCCCUCCUCCGGAUUCUGAAGUGUGGUGACACGAGCGCGGGCGAGAGAAAGGUCGCCUAACUGACUCAGUCAUGUCAGUUAGACGACGGUAUCGAUGUGUGCCGGUUUUGUGACGACGAGCUGUCACCACUUGAGAGUUUUACAUUUCGUAUUGAUUAACAUUAGUGUCAAGAAAGCCUAGUUUCUCCCCGGAGAAGCGCUGCCAUCAGCCCGACGCCUCCGCCUCUCGCACCCGACCCGUCUCUCCAGAUGUGCGGCGAUGCACAUCGAUGGCCCGGUGACCCCCCCCCCGAGGCUUAAUUGAGUGCCCGUUGUUUCCUCCCUUCCAUCCUCCUCCCAUCAUGCAGUGCUGCGUCUUUUUCCUUUCUCACUCACCUCGGCCUCUCGGCUCUGCAGCGACGGAGGGUUUCUGAGAGCACAGCGUUCCCUCCUCCCUCCUCUCUGCCGCCAUCUGUCGUCAGGAUUAUCCGAUUGUCCGCUCGGCGGUUUGCAGGCACCACCAGUUGGGAUUAGUGGGCCUCUGCAGGAGUUUCUUGUAAAAAAAAAAAAUCGCUCACGUCUCCCAUGUAGUCUGCUACAUGCAUCGUCAUUGUCCUGCCAUGACCUCACCCGCCACCAAAUACACGAACCAUCUGGAAUAUGCCGUUGUUUUAAUGCUUUAUUAUAAUCUAUUCUUGUUUUACCUCGUGUGGAAAAGCCAUUGCGACAGCUUUCGUACCAUCAUGACGCAAAACUAUUUGAGGCGUAGUUGCAGAUCUUCAAUUCCCUAAAGUCAAGCAUGUUGUGACACUUUUUGCUUUGCAGGGAAAAAAUGUCCAGUCUUUUAUUAUUUUUUUGCUAGUUCGUCUGACAUCCCAGCAGAAUUCACAGGAGAAUUAUGGUUGUGUCCGUCCGAUUUAACAUUGAUGUGUGGGAACUGUUUAAUAGACCAUUUGGAUGAGUAUGAAAUUGAGGUAUAAGAUUUUAUGGGUCUCUAAGCUAAGCUUUGAAUUCAUGGCAUAAAUAAAAUAGAGCAUUUGAUUUCUGCAACAAUUUCCUCGUUUUGGUCAUCAAAAUGUGUUUCAUGGAAACAGUUGAUUAUUUUAAUUGUGCCGUUCUUUGCGAUUAAGAAAUCAACAAUAUAUAUUCAGUAAGUACAUUAAGUUUGGACAAGUGACUUUGUCCAAAAUUUCACAUGUAAUUUCUAUACAAAAAUAACACCCAUAUCAUUUUAUGACACUUCCUUGCUGAUACCUGAUAUUUGAGAAGAAUAAAAACCGACAUCUGAUUAUUUGGUCUGAUCUGAUCGCACUGACCGCACUGCAUCGUUCUUUAAACUCUCACAGGGAAAACCAGCCACAUUAUUUCCAUUGCUUGGUGUCUCACACCAUCGGAUCCUGAACCUGUGAAUCGCUCCGUAAGAAUUACCGGAGAUGCACAUAUCUUAACAGGUGUUCUCUGGUCACUUGAUGGAUUCUUAUUAUCAACAGUCUUAAGUUCUCUGCUCAGGGUUUGAUGAUGUUUGAAGAUGUUAACGUGUGCGUGGGCGCGUGUGUAGAGAUGUUAUUGCGAGAUGGUGAAACUGAUUCUGAAGAUGAUCACAACUAGAAUGGUAUGCGGUUUCUUUUCUAAAUAUUUUUAAAGCAAUUUGUUUUGCGAAGCUAUUUUUCUUGUAUUCCUGCUUUCUGACUUCUAAGGGUUGGUGAACCAAAGACCGACAGUUAAUUACAGCCACUGUAAAAACAGAGUACCAUUUUCCUCUUCAUUUGGUCCUUUAGAAAUGCUGUAUAAAUGAUUUGUCUUAAUUAUUAAUUGACCGGCUUCUCGUUAACAUCUUUUCUUUGCGUCCCAGAGAGCGGCCGGACAGUUUGGUUUGAGGUGGUUUCCUCUCUCAUCUCCACUAAAUGCACACCCAGUACGUUUACUGUAUGCCAGCGGGACGUUUAACUCCUACAUAAUGAUCGUAACGUUAAAAAAGAAGAAACAAAUAUUUGUGUAACUUGUAAGUAAAGAGUGGGAACACGGGCACCAAAUGAACAUCCACCCGGAGUGACUCAGCUGUACAAUGCUAAAGCUACGUAGCAUCUCCUCACCCUUCGCCUUCCUGCUACCGCUUUAAUAUCAGCUUCAUGUCAAUAGGGUGUUAAGGCUGUAAACCUCAUACUAACACUUCAUCUCACAUGUUUGUUUGACUAACACUUUAGCAUCAAUGAGAGAGUCCCAGAGUCCAUGCUAACGCUUUAUCUUACGCUACUGAGCCAUAAUAAGCUAAUAAGUUAUUAUUACCCUUAAGUUAAUCAGCACUUUAGCGCAUCGAAGGGCAACACCAAGCGAACGCUUAGUGUGUUGAGUUGAAUCACUGAAUCACAGGAAACGUUUCAGAAAAAUGAUUUAGAUUAAACCUUCAGGAACAAGAAAAACUGGUUUAUGGAACGAGUCUUUCUUCGCUUUGUAGCCCUCAUUGCUGUGAUGUAAAAUCCCAUUUAUAUUGCAUUAUACUUGGGUUAAAGCUAAAUGAAAGCUCCAUUGCAUCCAUGUUCCCAUCAUCCUUUGUUAUUUUACAUCCAAAAAUAAGAAACAAAAUCUGCUCCGCAGUGUGACGUUUUGGAGUUUCUGUGGCUUGUUGAGAUGAUUUGCCUGGCAGAUGAUUUUGGCUCAUAGCUGAAGGUCUUGAAGCUAAAACAGGUUCAAUAAAUUGUAGCAUCGGAAGCAACAAUGAGCCGAUUGUUCGGCUCACGACGUGUAGUUUGUCUCAGCCGCGUGUCGUUCGGUCAUAAUGACAUUCUCAAUAAAGCCACCUCUCACCUGGUUUCAACCACCAUGACGGUGACCUCCUAGAAGCAAGGAUCAGCCACACCUACAGAGGCGAGGGUCAGGUGGAGCAGUGACGUAGUCGAGGUCCACAGGAUAGUCUGGCAUGUUUCUGGUCGGUCGCAAAAUACAGCCGAGGUCAGAAGUCCUACGAUCUGAAGUGGUGUCUCUUGAACGCGCAGCAACGACAUUCUCCUGUUUGAUUUGUUUCCGGCGGGACGUGAAAGCAGCCUUUGCAUCGUGCAGACGUCAGAACUGCUUUGAUUCAAAGCGCUGCGGGAAUCAGUCGCUGGGACAGAUUUUGAGCCGUGGAGACUUUGAUCUCCAGUGCCUUGGGAAAAAAAACAAGCAAAAACAAUUUGGCAUUGAGGAAAAAAAAUAAAAAUAAAAGUCAGUUAAAAUUGGCAGGUGGUGUUUACAGGUUGCGGCUGACGUUCGUUAAAAAUCAUAUCCUGAACAUAAUCACUGUUUCAUUCAUUUCGCAUUUCAUUUCACUCUAAUCGUGAAGAGAAGUCUUAUAGUUUGUUUUAUUUUUUUAAUGUAUUAAGUGGUUGUUACCAUCAUUUACUGCUCGGACGAGAAUAGAACUUCUGAUCAAAAGGCCUUUUCAGCUGUUUAUAUGCUUAUCUAUACUUUCAAAUUAGCAAAUCCUAUAAUGCUGUUUUUCUAAAUGCAAAUUCAUUAUUUUAAAGGAUUAAUAUAUUGUGAAUAGGUUUGCUGGGUUUCUGUUUGAAACCUUUCAUCUGUCAUUUUAGUGGAUAUGUGUGUCUGACUUACAUCUUUAACACCUGCGCAACGUUAUCUUUGGAUAUCAUUUCAUACAUAUAUAUCAGACUCAAUGCAUCUGUCUUCAUUGAUUUAUCUUUUUGUUGUUUGUUUUGGCAGCGUGACCUUUUUAUCGAGGAGAUUUCUGAAAAAUAGACUGGAUUGUUUUUACAAAAUAGCUUAAAACUAUUGAUGUGAGAGCGGAGUCAUGUACUGUAGCUGGAAAUUGUAAAUUCAGAGCACCCCUUUAAAAUUCAAUAAAUUGAUUUGAUAGACUGUUUUGAA